AUGGCGAUGCCGCAGAAGAGGCGCCGCCGCCGGAGGAGUCCUCUUCAGGAAGGAGUGUCCCGCCGGCGCCCUGGUGAAGAUGGCGCAUCGUUGUCUGGAUCCCUUGUCGAUUCGGAUAGCAGCAGCAGCCGUUUGGACGGAGGCUCUCCGCCGCCCGGACUCCCCGACGAGCCUGUUACAUCCUCAACAGAGUCAAGGUACCAUGAAAUCAUCGCCUCGCGCCUCGCCCAGUUGCAAUUACCAGUCGGCGACGACGGCUCGGAUAUGGCCGGUUUCUCAAAUCUCCCUUCCAUUGAAAUCCUCGAAGUCCUUGCUCGUAAAUCUUUCCACGAUGACUAUUCGCGAGCUGCUCUGCUAGAAUACCAAUGCCAGAAGUUCUUGAACGAGACCCAGGGACGAAAUACAGAUUCUGGAGAAUCUGAUUCGGCCAUUGUUGAUACGGGUUCCACUUACACUGAACCCGGCGAUGUUAUCACGGAGGUGGAACACAUGAGAGACUGUGAACUACUAGGGGCUGCCAUGGAUGAAAUUGACACUUGGACCAAACUGGACCAAGAGCAGGCCAACAAGCUCCAUCUCAAGUAUGCACUCUAUCGCAUCAAAGCUUGCCUGCUGUUGAAAGGAAAGCCGGUUGACGAGCUGGAUGAUGAUGUUGCAUUGGAACGCAAGUACCCUCCAGAGCUUAUCGUGAAGAACAAGUACUUUUUUCACUAUGAGGAUGACCUCUUUGGUUGGUAUUUUGAUGCCGAACUCUGUUACAAAGCGUCCUUGAGCGACUACCAGCGGCUAGUCCUUUUAAAUGAUGGUGAUGAGUAUUCGAGUUGGAGAAGAUACCAAACAUUUUAUAGCACCCCUGAAGCUGAUAGAGAUUAUCUCAGCUACUGGGAAACAAUUGCGAAGGAACUUAAAUGGCUUGAGCAGUAUCUGCUGACAAACGAGUCUUCUAUCGAGUGGGCGCAUAAACAUUCAAAGGCUACGUUCCAAGCAAUUAGGAUCGCUUCUAAGUUUCCCUGCAUGACCCUGAAACUUGCAGCUGUUGGUUUACAUGAGUAUAUAUGGAAUGCGCGCAUACAUCUCAUGUUUGUGAAAGAUCUUGAUGGUAUCUUGUAUAAUAUUUGGAGGCGGCUCAAUGCGGAUCAUCAGCUGCGUUUCAGAGAUGCUCUCAAGCAAGUUUAUGAGGCUAACUUGUUUCCAGCACACGACCGCAGUAUGAAGUAUGAGCUGGAGUACGGCGAUUCCAAAAUGGACCUAGUAUUUGUUAAGUGCACGACGGGCCUUAGUGACGGUGUUCCAGAAGAUAGAGCCCGUGAGCUGAUUAAACAGGAAAUUCGCUGGACGCGUGAGUCGUCAGGAACGUAUGAGCGGUACGCCAGGAAGAAGCUCAAGAUUGCAGAACUGAUAGGAUUAAUUCCCAAGGACAAGAUAGCAACUGCGUAG